UUAGCUAGAAAUUAUAUAUAUUUUAAGCAUUGGAUUGGUUUUUUUUUUAGUUGUAAAGAGUGUUGCAUAGUUGAGAUGAUCUCCUGAAGCAAUUACUUGGGGAUUUGACGAUUUCAAGAAGGAACUUAUUAGAACUGUAAUAGAGAGGAUCAACAAAGAUAAUUAUUGAGAAUGGCCUGUAGAGGAUGCUUAGAAUGCUUGUUGAAGCUCUUGAACUUUUUGAUGAAUGUUGCUGGUUUGGCAAUGGUUGGAUAUGGGAUUUACUUGUUUGUUGAGUACAAAAGAGCUGCUGAUGUUGCCUCGCUUUUGUCGCCUGUGGGCAGUGAUCAGAAUUUGAUAGAGCUUGGUCGCCCCAUGCUCAUGGCCGUGUCGGUUUCAUCUGAUAUUUUUCAUCAUCUUCCAAAAGAAUGGUUUAUAUAUUUAUUUAUUGGAGUAGGUGUGAUUCUCUUUGUUAUAUCUUGCUGUGGUUGUAUUGGAGCUGCAACGCGGAAUUUAUGCUGUUUGUCCUGUUAUUCAGUGUUGGUGUUUCUGUUGAUCUUGGUGGAGCUGGGAUGUGCAGCUUUCAUAGUCUUCAACAAAAGCUGGAAACAUGAACUUCCCGCGGAUAAAACAGGCUACUUUGAUAUGAUAUAUCAUUUUCUGAAAGAAAACUGGAGUAUCGCCAGAUGGAUAGCUCUUGGAAUUAUUAUCUUAGAGGUUCUUAUUUUCUUGUUAGCCCUCAUGGUCAGGGCCGCCAAUGUACCUGCUGAUUAUGACAGUGAUGAUGAGUUCAUUGCACCAAGGCAACAAAUCAGGCAGCCUUUAAUGAACAGGCAACAUGUUCCGGUUACAGGUGUACCUGUUGCUGGUGGCCUUGAUCAACGGCCUGGCAGAACAGAUGCUUGGAGUGCACGUAUGAGGGAAAAGUAUGGGCUGGAUACGUCCGAGUUCACAUACAACCCUAUGGACUCAAACAGGUACCAGCAGGCAGCCCCUCAACCAGCAGAAGAAAGCAGCCGGUGCACCAUUCUGUGAUAAUCAUCCGGUUUUGUCUUCCAAAUGCUAUUGCGUUGACGAUCAAGCGAAAGCUUCAGAUUUUUCAGAUGACAAUCUUAAUUUAUGUGUUCCCUACUCAUUGAUUUCUUCAUAGAACAUAUGUGUUUAGAAAAUGCAUAACUAUUUUCUGUGUAAAACUAAACUGCU